UAACCAGCUGCUGAUUAAAGCAACAUGAUUCUCUAUCAUAAAGUGUUGAAUACUUGAAUCAUUCUUAAGCAUAGCACCACGAGGCAAGACUUAUCUGCUUGUAGCAAACCACAGGUACAGGACAAAUCUUCUCGAUUCCAUUUGAUUAAAUCGAACGGACUGUCGAGCAUGUCGUAGUGGCCGUCUCCGUUAUGCUGACUUCUUUGGUCUACUUUUUACAACCCAUGUCAAAGUUGUCCGACAGGCUGAAGAUAGAGGCAUGAGUCAGAAGCUUGCCAUCGUCUUUAAGCCGAUUCUCGCACGACCCAGCUUACCUACUGGACUGUGAAAAUAUGUUAAUUUAAUUCUGCACGUUUUAGUUCCUACCUUGCAUUUCUGUUGCUGAUUGUGGGGAUUCCGUUUCCUAUACAACAAAUACCAAGCCAUAAGAUAAUGUGAGAUAUAAGGGGUUCCAAGUUGCCCUUACAUGUGCUUAUGCUUUUCAUAGAUGCUUCCGUUUUUGUUUUAUUCGUUAUUUUUAAUAGUGUUCCUGAAUCCUGCACAUGCACAUGUACACAUGUAACAAUAGUUAAAUGACCCAUUGGUUUCCAAAUUUUACAAUAAAAAAUAUCGUUACUUCAGAGAUGAUGUAGAUGAUUAUUUUUAUACAAAAUCAAUCAUAUCUAGACUUUUACAUAAGCGGAUCAAACGGGACCGUAUGAUGAAGCCACGGGCUAGCUACAAAGGGAGAACUAAGGAAAAAGAAGGUUUAUAAAAAGCCCUCGAGAUUAAUAGGUGAUCCAAAGAGAACAGCACUACCUUCUUCUUUCCACUCACUCAAAAGAUCUAUUUUUGAUCUGAGUAAGACGUAGCUUCUACACGCUCAUCAACGCCAUCUCCCUCCUUCAUUCCUAGUUUACUUUCAAUCGCCAUGCUAAAAUUUAUGGCAAGCUCGAACUCUCCAUGGGUCUACAAUAUUCUAGAUUGUUUUAACGUAUAUAGUAUGACUAUAAUUGUAAUGUCAUUGAUUUUGUGUUUUACAAACUUGUAUGGCAGGAAGCGAGAUCAUGCAAACCAUUCAGUGCAAGAUUGUUAUCACCAUGUACUACAUCCACCAGUCAAUCAUCCAGUCAACUAAACCGUACACAUUUUCACAAAUACCUCAGACUUCGAAGGCUAGCGCAGUGUUAUUUGUAGCUAUUCAUUCUCAACCAACUUGUUAUUCUUAUUCUCCAUGCGAACAAUCCUGCCAAGCGUUUCUGUCAGCUGUAAGGAAUUCAUUAUUCUAUCUUCCCCUUAACGAACAGACAAUCAUGCGCACUGCUUCAAUCAGUUCCAGUCCACACGAGAUCCAGCAAUGUUAUUGUGGCUGUAUUAUCCCCUCCACUUGCUUUGCCGAGCGCAAAACACUUCCAAUUGAAACCGAUUAGACUUCGUUGGUCAGUGUCGCGUUGUUCUCGGAUUGGAACGGUUCUGAACAGUUACUAGUCGCAAGGAUACACAAGGAUCUGUUUACCGUCUGGCUUGUACGAUAACUUCACUUUGCACGAGUGUGUGAAACCGUCUUUGCUAAAUAUAUUUCUUCAACCCGUGCACUAGAGCAAAUGGAAGUAGUGUGUGCAAAUUUUGGAAAAAGCGAAUACUGCCAAUUGAAGUGUGUGUGUGACCUUCCACUACAGCUUGCUAAAGUAAAAAGUGAAUUCCAAAUGAAUGUUUACAGUUGCUUGCCUUAGUCUAACCAGCGUCAGUGGAAGCGUUUUCACGACCGCUCGUUUCGUUGCAUACUUCUUUCUUUGAGUGUGGAAAAUCGACUGCUGGCGAGGAGAAGCAUUGCUCCAUUUUCCAUCCGGAAUAGCGCACAUACACAUACAUACGGUGUUUUGAUGUCAUCGCCGUAAACGUCAUUGCUGUUCAGUUGCUCCUUCGGUUGUGUUUUCCAGCAUUGUGGUCCAUUGCCGUGAACGGUGGUGUCCUUUCGAGUGACGUAGAGAGUGUGUGUGUGUCUGUCGGGUUGGAGCGCUUCGGGGGGACUAGCGCUCGUUUGAUAUCUCGUGCCACGGUGCCAGUCCCAUACGAUUAGCAUUCGAGUGUCCGUGCGUGCGGGUGGUAGCCAGUGCUAGCAGGGUACAAAAAUAUGUUGUGCCAAGAAUCGAAAGGUGUAGUGAAUAAUUUACACAGGUCGCGAAAAGUAUGGAUAAAAGCUCUGUUCAUUAUACUCGUGCUGAAUGCGCAUGUGCUUGUUGUGACAUCGCAGCAGCAGCAGCAGCAGCAGCACCAACACCAACAUCAGCAACAUCAACAGCAGCAACAACAGCAGCAGCUUUUGCCCACAAACCUGCCAUCACCGCAAAAACGAGCCGGUAACACUGCCGACGGUGCCAAAGACCAUUGCAACAAAACUGUUGACAUCUACGAGGAUAUUUCUUCACCAGAAGUUACAAACCUUAAUCGCAACCGACCACUCACAUGCUGGUAUCGGUUUCGCAGCUUUCGGGGUGCACCCCGCGAUUGGGUGCUACGGUUGAAUUUCAAAAAGUUUAAAGUAGGAACUCUACUAAAUGCGACACACUGCGAUGGAGGCUACUUGCAGAUAGUGGAUGGCAAUGCCAAAACCGAUGUGUCAAACCGUCGAGAACCGGGUCAAUUCUGCGGCGAAUCGGAGCAACCGCAAACGUUCAUCAGUGAAACAAGUGCCGUCAAAAUAGUCUUUCACACCGAUAACUUCACCGACCAGACAUAUUUCGCGUUCGACUCUGGCGCAGAACAACAAAUGGAGGUAUUCAACCGAUACGGCCCGCACCCGGAACUUUAUCCAAAUCGUCGGGGAGAAGUGGUGCAAGGGUCGUACUGUGAGCGAGAAUUUCGCGACUGUCGACUACAGACGUGCUAUGUGCAGUCACCCGCUUAUCCAGGGAUAUAUCCGCGAGCGUUGAAGUGUCGCUAUCGGUUGCACACGAGACUUCCUUUCAUCAAGCUCUACAUCCAGAACGAACAGUUUGCCGUGGACGGGCAGAGGUGUGAAAACAUCAUGACAUGUCCGAUGAAGGAGAUAGGGUCCGGCUCCGAACACUGCCCCUACGAUUGGUUGGCGGUGUACGAUGGACGAGACGAACAUGCACCACCAAUUGGAAAGUUCUGUGGGAUGGGGAAAUUCCCCUUCAGCAUCAUUGGAACAUCGCAACAUAUGUAUGUGGAGUUUGUAUCGUCACCAGCCGGGCCACUACUGAACACGGGUUUCCAUUUCAAUGUGGGAAAUUGGCCCGGGCAUGUGGAAACGGUUGGAACAAAACAUGGCGCAUGCGAUUGGUUACUUAGUUCUGAUGCGCUACGCGCUACCAGUGCGUCCGAAGGCAUUUUUCUAAGUGUAGCACAUUGGUACCCACCAAACACAUCCUGCAGCUACCAUAUACAAGGGAACGAGGACGAGGUCGUUCGGCUCUACUUUCCUAGCUUCCGAAUAAACCGUAUCGAAGCGCCUAUCAUAAAGCAUGAGGAGGAUUGCGCAGAAUCGCUCACGAUCUAUGAUGCAAACAAUCCUGAUCCGGCCCGUAUCAUUAAAACGUUUUGCGAUACCUUCUCCCGGCCAAUGGAAAAGAUCGAUUUUGUUAGCACAGGUCGUUCGCUGUACGUAAAGUUCCUCAGCAAAACCGGCUCAUAUAGUGGCAGCUCGUUAUAUUACUGGGCUCAUUACGAUUUCUUCAACAACACCAAGUUUGGCGAUCCCGUGCCAAACACGCUCUGCGAUGAAAUCUUCUAUGCCUGGAAGUACAGCCGGGGCGAGCUUAAAUCGCCACGGAAUACGCUCAUCUACAAGCGUGCCUCCGGUAGCGAUGUGCGUUGUCAGUACAAGUUCAUCACGGAUCGACGUUUGUUCUCGCGUGUAGUGGUAGAGGUGACAUCGGUGACAUUCAAAGAAGUACCCUACUCGGUAAGUGCGUGCACCCGAUGCCACGAGGAGCGAGUGGAUAAGCUAAUUUUAUGGGAAGAACGUGACAAGAGCCAAAACCGAUUGGCUUGCUUCUGUGACAACAUUCCCCGACCGGUGCGUAUCAUAUCCUCGGGGGAUCAAAUGAAUCUGGAACUUAUCAUUCAAGGACAGCACGCCACGACAAGCUACUUUAAAAAUCCAAACACUCUGUUCGAGGCGAAUUACGAGUUUGCUCAUGGGCCGAUAUGCGGACCAAUAACGUUAGGUCCUUCGCCCGAUGGAGAGCUAGUUUUUCCUUACAAAAACGCACUGGGAUUCCAGCUGACCGAAAACCGUAAAGAAAAGUGCAUCUGGGAGCUUAAGGUAGCGGCACAGCGUGACCUCUGGCUACACCUGGAUAAAGCACGGUUUGCUGAGCGAAGCUGUGAGCACGGCCGUAUCGAGGUGUAUCUCGCCGGUCGUCUUGAGCCACGCUUUAUCAUUUGCCCUGAAAAUGUGAGCCUUGCGCGGGAUCUGCCCAUUCUGUCAGCGGCCGAGCUGGGUGCCGUGGAGAACGAAAACGAACCGCUACCAGUGCUAAUACAGUACACGGGUGACAGUGCCAUCGGCAAGAACGCAUUUAAAUUCGUUUGGACAGAACUGUUCCAUCUACCUCGCAACGCCGACGGAACGCUGGCAACUUCCGCAAUGUUCAAGGACAGUUGCGAUUUCUACUGUCCCGGCGAUCAGCACGUUUGCAUACCGGAGUAUCUGCUGUGCAACGGCGUGCUUAACUGUCCCAACGUGACUGGCCUGCGCGUAGUAGAAAGCAACAUCGAUAAAAACUACGAGUACAUCGAGGAAAAUUAUCUACGCACCGGGCUUUUCGAUAAGGAGUUCCUGCUCAAUAUCGAGUAUUUGACCGACGAAUCGCCGGAGCUCUGCCGGACCAAGUACAUACCGGGCAGCCGGCCUGGGCAGGUCGAGCUACCAGACGUGGUAGAGUGCUUCCAGUUUCCGGUGGUGCAAAUGGUUGUCGCUGGCAUCAUCGUCAGUGCGCUAAUCAUUCUUGCGUUCGUUAUCUACUGCCGUCUGUACGGGCAGAAGUACUACGAAUGAGAGGAACCACACUAGCGUUGGUUGUAGCAUCCCUGCAUCCGCUCUAUAGACUAUCUCUGAUGAGGUAAGUUGUUAGGUUUUUUUGUGACUCUUUUCACAUUCCCGACACCGUUUUCUUCGCUCCUUCAUUAGUUAAUCAGCAUGGGUAGACGCAACGAGCGAGCUUAUUGUGUGUUGCGCAAAGGUACUAGGAACAUAGCAAAGGACUAGUAACACAGCAUGUAGGGUUGGAGUAGUAACCUUCACCACCAUUUACUACUACAGAAAUAUUCCAUUUCUUAUGAACUUUCUUUAUGCACUGAGUUUUGAAAGUUUUGAAAUUGUAUUUCAGCAAUUAUCUUACGGUGAAAAUGAAGCCCUCUCACUGAUAAGAAAGCAGUUAUCACAAGAAAAAUGGCACACACAAAAUUAGUAUGAACUGUGACAAAGUUUUGAGCACCAAGCAAACUAGUUUAGAGAACAUUUUCUUUACUUUUUUCCGUAGUAAACAAUGGUUCAGAUACUUUGUUUGACAUUACACGAAAGAGCCCCAUUUAAUGAGCGACAUUGAAAGAAGCAAGUUGUGUUUGAGGUGGUGGUGGAUUCUAUUAGACAGAAAUGAAAGUGCAUCGGAAAGUAUUGCAGGGUAGCUUGUACACGGUGCAUUACAGCGAUAUUUAACAAUCGUUUCAUCGAAACAUACAUUGUUGUUGAGCGCAGUGCAGACAUUGGAUGCAGUUAAACUAUAGGCAAAUAAAAGGCAAUUCUUUACGAUAAUGAAAAGAAAAUUUAAAAAACAACAAAUCUUUGCACAACUUGUACAUAAGUAAAAUUUAAACUAAGAAUCAUAACAACAACAAAACAAAACUCACAAACAAAUAAGAACCAGAGUGGACUUAGGCCAAAUAGAAGCGUAAAGAAAACACGAUUCCAACAAAAAAAAAUGGAAGUAGUAAAAUCACAAAUCUAGGGAAUAUUAUGAAUCAAUUUCAAUUACUAUAUACAACGCAGCAAAGAGGGAAGUAAAAUUGAAAACAAACUCUUAACGGAAUGCCAUAUAUUCAGCGUAGCACAUUGUUGGAGUGAGGAACUAUGAACUGUUUAAUCGGUGGAGUGAUGAAAAUAGAUCGAAAAUGUUAUUAAAUUGAGUAUGUAGUGAUUGUGAGCGUCGGUGAACCCUGUUGGGUACGGUGAAAAAUAAAGUGAAAUAGCAUGUGAAUGCUGAUACAAAAAAAUAA